AAGUGAGUCCAUAUCUUACGAAUGUUGUGCUUCCAAAGUUUGUACAAGAUCUUUGCACGCUUGAAGUUUCACCUAUGGAUGGACAAACAUUAACUGAAGCACUCCAUGCUCAUGGAAUUAAUGUUAGCUAUAUUGGAAAAGUGGCUGAUGGGACAAAACAUUUACCACAUUUGUGGGAUCUUUGUUCUAAUGAGAUUGUUGUUAGGUCUGCAAAGCACAUCCUCAAGGAUGUUUUGAGAGAUGUAGGGGAUCAUGAUAUUGCGCCAGCUAUAUCACAUUUCUUCAACUGCUUUUUUGGAAGUAUUCAAGCUGUUGGCUCAAAAGUUGCUGCCAAUAAUAUGCAGUCCAGAACCCACAAAAAGGACCAAGGAGGCCAUCAAUCUUCAGGAAAGCCUUCUAAGGGGCAAGGAAGGUUUAAUGGUGGGGCGUCUGCAAGGAUGAAUUAAUCGUCAUUUAUGAAUGUUAGCUCAGAAACUCUAUGGUCAGACAUACAAGAAUUUGCUAAACUCAAA